AUGCCCCAAGAAGCCCGAGCCUGCCCCUUGGGACUGGGCGCUGUGGAUCGGGGUGUUGCUUCCCCGGGCUUCCUCUGCGCCGGCCCCGGGGCGCUUGCCCCCUCAGAGACCUAUGCCCUGCUGCACGCCAGCUCCAGCUGGGAGCCCCGCCUGGACUCAUCCUGCCCGUCCGGCGCUGCUGCCGGCUCCCCAGGGCCACGGGCCGUGGCCGAGCCCCCUGGGCAGGGCCCCAAGAACCCAUGCGUGUCCGGCGUGACAGUCCAGCUGGAGAUGAAGGCCCUGUGGGAGGAAUUCAACCAGCUGGGCACGGAGAUGAUCGUCACCAAGGCGGGCCGGAGGAUGUUCCCCAACUUCCAGGUGAAGAUCCUGGGCAUGGACACGCUGGCCGACUAUGCCCUGCUCAUGGACUUCGUGCCCCUGGACAACAAGAGAUACAGGUACGCCUUCCACAGCUCGGCCUGGCUGGUGGCCGGCAAGGCAGACCCGGCCCCGCCCGGCCGCGUGCACUUCCACCCCGACUCGCCCGCCAAGGGCGCCCAGUGGAUGCGCCAGAUCGUGUCCUUCGACAAGCUCAAGCUGACCAACAACCUGCUAGACGACAAUGGCCACAUCAUCCUCAGCUCCAUGCACCGCUACCAGCCCCGCUUCCACGUGGUCUUCGUGGACCCGCGCAAGGACAGCGAGCGCUACGCCCAGGAGAACUUCAAGUCCUUCGUCUUCACGGAGACCCAGUUCACGGCCGUGACCGCGUACCAGAACCACCGGAUCACCCAGCUGAAAAUCGCCAGCAACCCUUUUGCUAAGGGUUUUAGGGAGAGCGACCCGGAUGCCUGGGCUGUGUCCCCGCGGCCGCUGCUCAGCAUCCCUGCCCGGAGUCGCAGCAGCCUCAGGACAGGUCUGCUGAAGGGCCCCCCGGAGCAGAACAAAGACCCCAACCAAGCUCCAGGUUCCACCUCCAGGACCCCUCUCCGGCUCCACCAUCAGCUGCUGGUACCCUCUGAGGCUCUGCUGGCUCCUGUCACCUGCCGGCCCCUCACCUACCAGGGCCUGUACCCCGGAACCACAAGCCCCCUCAGGGUCCCAAGGGCCCGACCAACACCUUACCCCCUUCCCAGUAUUCAGGCUGAUGGGGACCAGGGGGGCCUCGCCCUCCCCACCGGACUGAGUCUCCUGUCCCCCACCACUGUGUGCCGGGGGCCCAGCCAGGGGCCUCAGUGA